AUGUCGAUUUAGUGUUCCAAGAGUGAAAAGAAAGAAAUCCUUGGCCGCAUCAAACAAACGGUUGAUGUAGAUGAAAUUUUGAAAUAUACAAACUAUCAAGAUAAUGAUAUUAGAUUGAAGGCUGUUAGUGAGCUUUGCCCUUGCAAAGUCUAAGAAGAUAACAAAGAAUUCUGGGAUAGAGUCUUCCAAAUGGUAGACGAUCCCGAUGCCAAAAUAAGAGCUAGGAUCUUACAUAUCAUCUGUGACGGAUCUCCAGAUCGUUUAGAGCUUUAGGUUGCUGAAGCACUAGAAAGAUUUAAUAGAGAUACCGACCGUGAUAUCAAAAGACAAGCUCAUAAAGUUCUUGCAUCCUAUACAAGAACAGGCAAGUGGAACAUCCUUUGA